AUGGAGGAUGAAGAAGGUUACACGGUAUUGAACCUCCGACACCAGGAGAAAACCACCACCCGCCCGUCACCAGGGCGGAUCCAAGAUUCUCCUUUGCGUUCCCAGCGCUGUAAGCGCAUGCUAGGGAUUCUGGGGGCUGUUUGCAUCAUUCUGACAGUAGCCGUGAUCAUUCUGACUAUCCUGGUUUUCCAGGGCUUCUCUAAUAAAGCAGAGGAAGGACCAGCCGUGAAGACCGAUAGUGUCACUCAGAGAACCGGAAGUGGAGGAGAACGCAACGCCAGCCUGGAGGACUUGUUUUCUCGUCUGAAGCAGAGUCUGUGUGAUCCAGCCCAGAUAAGCUCAGCAGGUGGCUCCGGGUGCAAACUCUGCCCCAGGGAGUGGCUGCUGCACGGGGACAAGUGCUACUGGCUGUCUAACAAGACUGACACCUGGAACAAGAGCCGUGACGACUGUUCAAGGAAGGGAUCUCAAAUGCUGGUGAUCCAGGACCAGGAACAGAUGGAUUACCUGAAGCCUGUCAUACCAGCUGACCAUGCUGUUUGGAUUGGAUUAACAUUUAACUCUUCACAGAGGAAGUGGACCUGGGCAGAUGGUGGCCUUUUCAAUGAGAAACUGGUCCCAGGAUUAAGGCAGGCUGAAAAGAACAGCUGUGGACAGUUAAAAAAUAAGAUUGAUUUUGAAAUCUGCAUCACUGAGUUAAAAUGGCUCUGCCAGAAAGCAGCGUUCCUGCUAUAG